AUGUCAGAUAAUAAAGGGUCAUUAGAUUGUCUCCCAAUCUAUUCAUUCCUUUUUCCGAAUGAAAAAAGCUCUAGCUUAUAUAACACUUAUGACCGAAGUGAGGUAGAAGAUAAAUUGGUUAUCAAAAUUGACCAAGAUGGCGAUCAUGCCCUGAAAUUUUCUAUUGCCAAUGACAUUUCUGAAGUAUAUGGUUUACUCGGGAUUCAUGAAUGUAUUAACGGUCAAAAACUUUUAAGAGCUGUGAUCGAUAUCGAUAUGCUGAAAGGGGAUAUGAGAACAGCUGGUGUUAAGGGACACAAAGUAUUCAUCUGGAUCUGUUGCUCUUUUAUAAGAGCUUUGUAUCGAAUUCUUGAUUGUAGCUGGAAAGAUAUUCUCAAAGGAUUGGUAAUUGCUACAUCUUCAGAUUCUAGCAAGUGUAGCUACCAUAUUUUAUACGCACCGGCUCUUCUUAUUGAUCAUCACGAACUCAAAGCAUUUACUGAAUUAGUAUAUGCCAUAACCACAAAAAAAGGUCGUGUAAAGCGUAUUCUUCAAUUUUCACUAAAUAAUAAGUGGAAUGAGCUUGAUUAUACUAGAGUUCAACCACCUACUAAUUUAGGGCUUAAAGUAAAACCUCAAAUGCUUAUGAUUGGACUAUCAAAGAAAAGGACUCAAAAAACUUCAAGUGGUGAAUUCAUUGUAAAAUGUUUUCAGCAAAAUAGUGAUGAGCGCGGGGAAGUUUUUGAAUGCGACCCAUCUAUUGCAGAAAAAAUUCAGCAAGAAAAUAAAAAAUUUCUGCAAUCCCUUUCAGCAACAGAAACAUAUGAGCAGAGAUAUGUAAGACCAUUAUCCAAUGAAGUAUUAUCCACACGUCACUCUUACUCAAAUGCUAUUACUACAAAACUCAAUCUUAAAUCAUAUUGUGAUAUCGAUGGUAAUAUAAAUCUACCUGAUCAUAAGAGGGUAGUAUGCCAGAUAGAAAGCUUACAUCAGAUUACUAAUAAUUAUAAAUCACAAAGUUAUUUGGUGGGUCAAUCGAUUAAGAAGUUAUAUAAAUUGAUCCAAGAGGCUAGACGUAUUAUUGUGAUGGAUAAUAAUAACCUAACUGACCUCAACAUUGAAUGGAUUAAGGCCUUUCGUAAGGAUAUACCUCUCUCUAUUAUCCACAAUACUUACCAGCCUCAGAAAGAUAAGAUAUUCCGCUUAGCCCCUAAUAAAGAAACAGUAUUAACUGAACAUUGGGAUUAG